AUGGCGGCACCAUUAGAAAUCUGGGGAAUGAUAAUCAGGAAUUUUGUCGAGCCGUUUGGGCAGCGACCAGAUGCCUCCGAGGCAACAAUUCAGGAGGAAGUUCUUAAUCGCAGAACCAUUGCGAUACCCUUAGAAAUCUUGGGAAUGAUAUUCAGCCAUUUCGUCGAACCGUUUGGGCCGCGAUCAGAUGCUUCCGAAGCAACAAUUCAAGAAGAUGUUCUUAAUCGCAGGACCUUGGCAUCACUUUGUCGUGUCUCCAAGUCAUUUAAUGCUGUUGCGACCGGCUUGCUGUACAGCCAAAUACGAUUAUUCAACGGAGACAUUCGUUUUCUCACUCGCACAAUCCUGCAGGACCAGUCCAAGACAAAGGGAAAGCUAGUAAAACGACUGAGCCUUGAGUUUGAACUAGCUGGCCAUUGGGAACCAGAGACUAUUGAACCGGAAAGGGCCGCCCGUGUGCCGGCAGCCCGAGAAGAACAAUGGGAUUAUGCACGUUGUAGGGACGAAGCACUUUCUGUUGUCGGGCUGGAAAAUGCGGUGACGUCUGCGGCCGAUGGUUGGGAAUUUGAUGCCUCUGAGUUGGAGAAACUUGAUCUCGAGGACAAGUUCGAAGAAGACCUGGCAGCAGUCUUGCUCUUUCUCUUGCCGGGGCUUCAGUCUUUGCGAAUCAAAUUGGAUCCCAUGACUAGUCUGGUUGACUCAGAGGCUGCUGGGUACUGGAGAUGCGAUAUGUUGAUGCAGACUCUGAGGCUACCUUAUUGGUAUUACUACAUGAAUGCUGGACAGCAUCCUGGUAGCCAUGGGACUGAAGAACACGUCAAAGGUCUCAUUCCGGCGUCGAUUCUGAACCUCGUGCAACUCAUCAUGUGCAAUCCAUUUGAAGAGCCCGGUACCAUCAAAUCCACAUAUCCACCCUUGGUGUGGUCCCCUCUCGAAGACCUUCACCCGUUGUGGGCGCUCCCAAAACUCAAAUCUUUGACACUCGAGCGUACCUCAUGGGGUUAUGAUCGUGCCUCAUUCGAUCGACCGAUCUUCUCACAAGAAUAUUACACAAAUUCUACUUCAUUGACACAUUUCACAAAGUCUACCUCACUGGAACAUCUCGAGAUCCUCAACACGGCAAUCGCACCGACAAUACUACCACACCUUCUAGAAGGCUUCCCUUGCCUUCGUUCUAUUAAAUAUGAGCUCGCAGAUACAUACAGCCUAUUGUAUCAAGACUAUCACGACCCAAUCAUGACAGUUGACAUGCUAGAUGCGCGUGGGAUACAGGAUACUAUCAGACGUUGCAAACCUAACUUGGUGAGUAUACAUGUCGAAGCGGUUAAAAGGGAAGACCUUGAUGAAGAAGAGCUAGCCGCUCUGGAAGGCACAGGCGAAGAGCAAGAAGUGGAUGAUGAAUAG